CUAAACAAUUUGCUGGCGUCCUGUCCCGCCCUGACCAUUCAUUCGCCCAGGCCGACCCACCUUUCUGCCGAUUCGCCGUAGGGUAGUCUCUGCCCACCAGAACAGAAUUUCAAAUUCGCCUAACCGCCAGCCCAGCCAACCUCAUCGUCCCGAAACAACCCUCAUCUGCGUACGACCACCGACAAUCGGCACCCACAUUCAAGAUGAGGACCUACGACGACACAUUCUCGGGCCAGAGGAUCUACCCUGGAAAGGGUAAGCUCUACGUCCGUGGCGACUCCAAGGUCUUCCGAUUCCAGAACGGCAAAUCCGAGUCGCUCUUCCUCCAGCGCAAGAACCCCCGUCGCAUUGCCUGGACCGUCCUGUACCGUCGCCAGCACCGCAAGGGUAUCACUGAGGAAGCCGCCAAGAAGCGAACCCGCCGUACCGUCAAGUCCCAGCGUGCUAUUGUCGGUGCUUCCCUCGAUGUGAUCAAGGAGAAGCGAUCCAUGCGCCCCGAGGCCCGCUCGGCCGCCCGCCAGCAAGCCAUCAAGGAGAGCAAGGAGAAGAAGGCUGCCGAGGCCGCCGCCAAGAAGUCGGAGAAGGCAAAGAACGCCGCCUCGGCGGCCAAGGGCCAGACCCAACGCAUCGUCGGCAAGCAGGGAGCCAAGGGUUCCGCCCCCAAGGUCAAGGCCACCACCCGAUAAAGGAAUCAAGAUGAGCGGGUGCUAGUCGAGUGCAUACGUGGACAUCUUUUCUCUGGGUUCGGCACUACUUUUGCAAUUGAGAUUUCAGGGAAGGGCUGGAGUCGGGUUCUCAGUGCUUUUACAGGCCUACAGACGUCUUGAAAAAAAAAGGGACGGGUUGCAUGGAAUAGGGGACACGAUUCCGCACGAGUAGCUCAUAGAAAUGAGACUUGUGCAAUUGAUCAAACCGACAAUCCUAGCACAGCUGUAGCUGACCGGCCAGUUGAGGCCCGGGGCGCCUCUGCGUUGGCUACGAGUCCUCGGCGAGGCGUUGAACAGCUCAGGGUGACGGUUUCAGGCGUCGAUUUCUAUUGCUAUUUGUGUCUGGAGGGCAACCGUGCCUGGACAAACCCGCAGCUUGGUGUCAAGUUGUGGACGGGUCGACCUCAGCGGCGAUGCGUAUCUCCCCUAAGUACUACAUAUCCCGACGACAAUACCUCAACGAGGACUACAUUGCGUGCCUGAGUGCAAGCUGCCAGAUUGGUUGUUUUGACGGGCAUCAGAUUAA